AUGCAAAGUUCUGAUAGCUUUCGUUCCAAUAACAUAAGUUAUCGUUCUGUUUACUCGAAAGAGAAACAGCAGCAAAAUGAACUUGGCGUUUUAUCAGAUUCUGUAGUUAAUUGGCUCCGUAAGGACCUUGGUUAUAAUCCUGAACGGUUCUCUUUAGUAUCGGAAGGCGCGUUAGAAGAAGACGAUAUUAAAACAGAUAUUAACAAAAUUUGCAAAAAGGAGUUUAUACCGAUAUUUAGAUUCCUUAUUGAAAAUGUGAAAUCAAGCAGCGAAGUUGCUAAUUUACGUCGAGCACAAUUGAGUAAACGACAGCUACACAAUUCAAAACACAUUUCUAAAAGGAGUCGAACGACAUUAACAGCUUCAAAAUCGACAUCUGUUUCGUCAACAGACGAUAAUAAGAAUAAUAAUGUAGUUAUGAGAACCAAACUUGAAAAAAAGUUAACCAAAAUGACGGAGAAUGUUCAACAGGAGGAAGAGGAAAUUGAAAAUUUGAUUUCUCGAAUUACGGACGUUGAGUUUCAAAUAAAGAGCACGAAAUGUCAAAUUCGCGAGAAAAAAAAUAAACUGUAUCUCAAACAGCUGUUUAUCGAACAAACCGAGAAAAUCACACAGACUGACAAGGACUAUCAGAAGCGAAUGGCGACUUAUGUAACAAGUUCGCGCUCUAACAAAAACGAAACAACAUUAAAGGGAAGCGAGACAACUGUGACAAUUAAGGUCAAAGAUGUAUGCGAAAAAUUAAAAAUACUUGGACAGCGUGUUUUAUUCAGUAAUGAAAAUGUCGGACUUGAAUAUAAAGCGAGUAUACUUGUGUCAAUUGAGGAGUUAAUGAAAUCCACCCCACCCAAAAUAUUAUUGAAAUCAAUUUCCCAAAUUCUCAAGUUAUCUAUGGCAGAGAUCAAGACGGUCUCAGCCGAUGACUUACAAAACUCUUACGUAGAAGCCAAUAAAAGUUUUCAAAAUGUCUUGGAGUUAUUACAGCAAUCGCGAGAUAAUCAUGUCAGUAGAUUCGUUGAAACGGAAAAUAUUUUAAAUGGAAUCGAAGCGCUCAAACAGAAAAUCACAGAAUUAACAGAGGAAGUUGAAUCCGUUAUCAAAAAACGAUAUGGACAUAAACUUCAAAAAGAUAUAAUAUCAGUAUUAAAGUCAAAAGUGGAAGCAAAAGCUAGUCAAAUGGCUUUACAGAAACUUAAUGAACAUGCCGAAGCGCUGGCGGGACAAUGUCAAAACCAUAUGACGAGUAGUGAUGAACUGAUGAAUUCGGUUGAUAGAAUUACGAGCUAUAAUGAAUUUCUAGAGGAAAAACAAAAAAAUAUUCAGAGUGUGAUCCGCAUUAAUGAAAAAAUUAUGGAAAAGAUUUCGUCGCAGUAUCGAGAGAUUUCGAAUUUUAUUUUAGAUUAUAUUUCUCCAUAUGCAUUACAAAUUGAUGCACUGAAUAAGGAAUUUGAAGGGAGCAUGGCUGAAGAAAAUGAAGUAUUCAGUGAACUGGAUCUAAAUAAGAUUCUUCAAAUUCAAAUAAAUGGUAUACCACGCCAAAUUGACUCGCUCGGCAUAUAUCGAGCUCUUAAAGAUCCCUUUAUCCUGGACAUAAAAAAAAUUUUAGAUUUUCCUUCUUCGCUGUCUGCAGAAUAUAUAUUCCCUGGCAUUUCCCAAACUAUGAAUCAAGGCGUGUUACUCGAAUCAGCAAAUCUUCAUUUUAGCAAGAUAAUGCGACCUAUUCACCAUAUUUUGCAUAACCAUGUGAAAUCUUGGCUAACUUCAAUUCGAGCAUUUGAAUUAACUAACGAACGUAGCCCGUCCUAUGCAAAUACCAUCAAUGAAAUAGAACGUGCUGUUACCAUGUUAAAAGAUUCUUUAGAGGAACAAGAAAAAAGUCUGUUAACUCGUGAGCAAUUAAGAUUAGAAAGGGAGAACGAAAAAAUUGAAAUGGCCGAAAAUUUAGUAAGAGAAAUCAAAGGAAUUCUGGAAGAAAG